AUGAAUGUCACUACCGCCACGGAGGACUAUCGAGCUCUGGCCCGCACGUGUAUGAGCGAGCACUAUUGGCCCUACUACGUGGCCUCCAUAGUGGGUGUCUUCUUCGGUGGUCUGCUGUGGAUUUUGGCGUAUCGAGCGUUGGUGCGCAGUAUCGCCUGGUUCAUAAAACGCCGACGCAUCGCUCAAUUUGCUCACUGUGAUUGGAAUGCUGGCGCCUGCACUGGAGGCGGUGGUGGUGGAUCGAGCACCUUCCUUGACGUUCCCACAAGCGCUUCCCAACUCUCGGGGCUGGACCAAUGGGACCGACGCAGCAACCGCUAUAGUAACCGGGAUCGAAUGAUUAGAGUGCGACUUUUGCGGACGAUCGCCAAGGCUCCUUCUAAGUGCUGUCAUCACGGUAGCAUCCCUUUUAACCAUUUUCUUAUUCAUCUUGAAGGAGCUCAAUUCCUUGCAUUCACAGGCUACUCCACUGUUCGUGACUGCCUUCGAGCAUCAGCGAUCCGUCUUUUGAGCUACCAAUACUUCACCGGUCGUACUUUCAUCGCCCUCUCCAUGUUUCUCUCCCUUGCCUCGUUCGGUAUCUUUGUCUCGGAGGCGAGUCAAUGGCCAAAUGAGAUCGAGAAGUGUGGUCACAAGGGUCGCACUCAUCGCCUCCUCGACUUCCUCUUCAAUCUCUUCUUCCUCCUCCACUUCAUCAUCCGAUGGGCAGCAGCGGAUAACAAACUGGUGUUUUGGUUGGAACCCUUCUCCUUGCUGGACUACUGUACUGUUCCACCCUGCCUCCUGGCAUUUGCAUUGCAAAGGUCGUGGAUGGGGCUGCGUUUUAUGCGCAUCUUUAGACUCUUCAAUUUGGCCGAGGUGCUGCAUAACCUGAACAUCAUCAAGUCGGCCUCGGCACUGCGCUUCUGCCAACUCACCUCCUUCUUCUUUGCGAUAUGGUUAGCUGGGGCAGGAAUGAUCUUUUUAUUAGAAAAUACCGGAGAUCCCUUUGGUCCAUCACCCUACGGCAAUGCAGUUCGUUUAACCUAUGGCCAAUGCCUCUACUUCGCCAUUGUUACAAUGUCAACUGUUGGAUACGGUGACAUCACACCUCAAACAGUUUUGGGUCGCAUCUUCACCAGCGUCUUCAUUCUCUGUGCCCUCGCUGCAUUCGCCUCUUGCAUUCCUGAAAUCGUAGAGAUGUUUCUCGCCUCCAGCAAAUACUCUGGUGCCUACGCCUCCAGGCCGGGACGUCGACAUGUCGUGGUGUGUGGUGAUGUAACCACAGAGUCGGUGAAGCACUUCUUAGACGACUUCCUCCACCCAGACAGGCGCCGAACCGAUGUUGAGGUGGUCUUCAUGAACCGAUCAAAACCGGAUCUGCGGUUACAGAGUCUGUUGAGGCGACACUUCUCCCGAGUGAAGUAUUUAGAGGGCACCGUGAUGAAUCAUGUGGACCUUGGUAGAGCGAACAUGUCAAAUGCCGAUGCCUGCAUGAUUUUAGCCAACAGUCGGGCAGUGGAUCCGGCUCAGGAGGAUGCUGCCAACAUCAUGCGUGUGGUCGCAGUGAAGAACUACGCCAGCAACGUUCGUGUCAUCGUUCAGUUACUGCAACAAUGCAACAAAUCCCACCUCCUUAACAUCCCCACAUGGAAUUGGCACGCUGGAGAUGAAAUCGUCUGUUUCUCUGAGCUCAAACUCGGGUUUUUGGCACAAAGUUGCCUUGCACCAGGAUUCUCGACUCUUCUCACUAACCUCUUCUCAAUGCGCUCCCUCCAUGGCCAAGAAUCCAUAGCUGGUGCUGCGAUCGCCAUGGAAGAUGUCGCAAUAGCAGAUGCAGCCAACACCACCCUCGUUGCUACCCCAACCGCAGCUGAUGGUAACGCAGAUGAACAGGAGAUCACUGAAACUACCGAGAGGAAGCUACAUUCCGCAGCAAUGCCCAGUCUGGCUCUGCGGUUUUCAAAAAAUGUUCGAAAGCUUUACAACAAUUCACUCAGACGGAACCAAAAGGGUAGGAGUGGACCCCAAAGCCUAAUUAAUCUCAAUCGUUUGGAGAGAGGCUUAAUGCUCUCAGCGGUGAGUGCAGAAGCCAUAGCAGCAGCCAACACCCCCUGGCUGAGAGAAUACCUCCAUGGCGUGAGUAUGGAGCUCUAUUCAGCGCGUUUCUCCUCCGCAUUCGAUGGAAUGACCUUCGCAGAAGCAGCUAAGGUGUGUAUGCAGCGGCUGGAGUUGAUGCUGAUUGCUAUUUUGACACAGAGUGCGGAAGAGGAGGGAGAUGGGGGCACUGGACACUAUCCUUACCUAGUGAUCAACCCCCCCUCGACUCCACAUUCAGCGAUUCGUACAGGAAUGAUUGGAUUUUUCAUUUGUGACUCACAGGAAAUUGCUAGUCGGGCCACAAACUACUGUCUUCGAUGUCACAGAGAUGUCAAGGCCUUUGCACAAAUCCGCAGAUGCGGUUGCAAAACCCAAGGCUUUCGAGAGCGAAUCCGAAAUUUGCGUGACCGAAUUUCGGCCGAAAUCGGGGAUAGUAGUCGAGCCAGUAGUCGAUUGGCACCACCAACUCCCACGUCGUUCAAUCAAUCGGCUUCCAGACUAUUUCAACAGCCCUCCACGACACCUCUCUCACCGAGUGAAGGAUCAGAAGUGAUCGAGAGGCCAAUACAGAAGGAAAAUGCAGACAAAAAAAUUGAUAUCACCGGUGUUCACUACUGGUGCCCAAAGCGCUAUCUAAGCUGUGCAAUCCUUCCAAACAACUACAACGUAGAGAGUGAGAUUUCCGAAGCUGAAACCAACAAGUGUCUUCGAAACCAUAUCCUUGUCUGCCUCUUGGCCGGUGAAAAGGCUCCCCGCCUGGGUCUACGAUCCUUUGUCCUUCCUCUACGCGCCAGCAACAUUCCAGCCCAUGAACUGCGUCCCAUCAUCUUCCUCACCUCUCAUGAGUACAUUGCAGCGGAAUGGCAUGAAAUGCAGAAUUUUCCUGACAUCUACUUCCUCCCUGGUUCGCCCUUAAAUCGUCGAGAUCUUUGGGCGGCUCGUAUUCAACUCUGCUCUGUUUGUGUGGUUAUUGGUGUCCCGGAAUGCAAUCAUGUUGAUGACCCUUAUCUGCUAGACAAGGAGGCUAUACUGUGCUCCCUAAAUAUCCGUGCUCUUAAGAUCCCCCCCUCACUUCGACAGUCGGUAAGCGACGACAUCGCAGCAAGAUCGAGUGGAGCAGAAAUCCCCCUUCUCACUUCCCUUUGUAUGGACUCGAAUAUCCACUUCCUGGAUCCUGAUGACUUUGAAACUGGAAACGCAGACAUCGAUAUUUUCUUGACUAUGCCGUUCGCAAGAGGUUUGGCUUUUACUGGAUCAGUGUUGGAUGCACUCGCUUCCACUGCGUACUUCGACAGAAAUGCAAUGACGCUGAUCCGGUAUCUAGUUACAGGAGGUACGACUCCAGUACUAGAGCAGUGGGCUGCGUACGGCGGUGACUUCUACGACAACUUACAAAUCACAGACAUCGGAGAAACUCAAGUAAAUGAGUUUCUUGAAACUCUACGACGCAACAAUACAAAACGUCCAACUAUUGCUCAACUAAGUUUCAACGAUCCGCGAUUGGCUCGUAUUGUGGAAGACCACAAUAGCGACGUCGGGGCAAUAACUUUCGGAAAUCUCUUUUGUCGAGCUCUGGAAGAACACGGAAUUCUCUGCCUAGGUCUCUUUCGUCUAAACACCUCAGCCUCAACAAUUCGACGCGAAGGAACAAGUAGUUGCUCAUUAAAUAAGCAAGUUACGACAGCUAGACGUGCAAGCGCGUGUAGUCCACCUGAACCGGUGAAAAUGCGAAUUCUCUUUGAGGAGCAUCUAGACGUUAAAUCCCCAACAGAGCCCACAAAGUUAGUGGAUAGAGCUAACUUACCUCUGGGACCCCAUUCAGCAAACAAUCGUUUUGUCAUAACUAGCCCUCCCUACAACUUCCCGGUGUACACCCAUGAUUUAGUCUUCUGCCUUAUCCCCUGUCUGUAA